GUAGAAUAGAAGAACGUAAUGACAUCGUCUGUCGUUCCACAGCUAUUCAUUACCAUACUGGGGUUGUUAUUCCUCAUGGCUAAUGCAGAAGAAGGAUGGAUCAUGGAGCAAUGGCCAUUUGAAAAGCGAUUUUACAAAGGAACCAUAGAGAACUAUAAUUACAACACCGCACUCAACCAACGAUUACUCGCUCUUAUCCAUAAUCAUGACCUGUUUGGACUAAAUAAGUUCGUGAAAAGUGAGUUUAUUAAGAAAAAUAUACCACCAAUACCAGAACCACUACGAUUCCAGAGGAAUGUUGGUAUAAUGUUUUCGGCACGUACAGUAUUCUUCCUACUCUACACACUUCUUCUGACCGUCGCCAUCGUCAGCGCUGCGCCAAAUCGCAUUCUGAUGCGAUUCGGUAAACGAACGGCUGAUCCAGUACAAUAUCGUCCAUUUGUGCCGUCCGACUACUACCCUGUAGAAUUGCUCGGCUCUUCACGUGCCGCGGACGGUGAUAUGUAGAUGCUAGACGACAAAAGAAUAAGCUUCUCAUCAACUCAAAGAGGUGGCGGCGCGGUCAUAUACCCAUAAUUCAUACUUCUAUUUUCAAAAUAUUAUGCUACAGAUGUGAUUACACAAAUAUGCCCAUAAUUCCUGGUGAUCUCACUCACUCUCCUUCUCGUUUCUG